AUGAAGUUUCUCGGUGUUACCCUCGCCUCCUUGGGCCUUGCCUCCGCCGCUUCGGUUUCGAACAAGCAGAAGGUCAGCUACGAUGACUGGAAGGUCUUCCGUGUCAACGGGCCCUCGAACACCGCCAAAUUUCAGGAGGUAGUCAACAAGCUGCAGCUCGAUGUUUGGAAGGGCAAACCAUCUUCUGGCGACGUCGUGGACGUUUCGGUUGCGCCUGAGCAGCUCUCUGCUUUCGAGACCGCGACCAAGGACUUCGAGAUCAAGGUCAUGCAUGAGAACCUGGGUGCAUCGAUUUCUGAUGAGAGCACGUUCUCUGUGUUGGCCGCCGGAGUCGCGCCUAAUGCGACUUGGUUCAACUCGUACCACUCCCUCGCCGACCACUACCAGUGGAUCACCGAUCUUGCUGCUGCGUACCCAUCGAACUCCGAGGUAAUUUCUGCAGGAAAGUCUCUGGAAGGACGCGAUAUCAAGGGCAUUCACAUCUGGGGCAGUGGAGGCAAGGGUUCUCAAAAGGCGGUCGUUUGGCACAGCACUGUGCACGCACGCGAAUGGAUCACUACGAUGGUCAAUGAGUACGCCGCAUAUCAACUGCUGACGUCCACCGACGCCACUACCGCCGCCUUCAAGAACAAGUAUGACUUUUACAUCUUCCCGGUCGUCAACCCUGACGGCUUCUACUUCUCCCAGAACAGCAACCGUCUAUGGCGUAAGAACCGUCAGUCCACAACUUCAGCUAGUUGCAUUGGUCGCGACAUCAACAGGAACUGGCCCCACAAGUCUUGGAGCCAGGCUCAGGGUGCGAGCACUUCCCCUUGCGACGAGGACUACAAGGGUCCCUCCGCAGGUGACGGCGUCGAGACCAAGGCUCUGAAGGCCCAGCUCGACAGUCUUGCUGCAGGAAAGGGCAUUCAGCUGUACAUGGACCUUCACUCGUACUCGCAGCUCUGGAUGUACCCCUACGGCUACACCUGCUCCGGCACUCUCCCCAACUCUGCGACCUACGCCAGUUUGACCAAGGGCGCCAUUGCUGCAGUCAAGGCUGUCCACGGCACUACUUUCACUGGCGGACCCAUCUGCAACACUAUCUACCAAGUUAGUGGCGACAGUGUUGACUACGCACUUGAGAACGCGGGUGCCAAGUACUCAAUGACCGUGGAACUCCGCGACACCGGUAACUUUGGUUUCGUUCUGCCUGCGGCCCAGAUCCUACCCAGUGGUGAGGAGAUGUGGGCUGGUCUUGCUUACCUUCUCAAGAACAUGACCUAA